AUGCCCAAAUCUGCAAAGAGAAAGCGUGAGAAAGCUGCCGACUUCACAAAAGCAAAGUUCAAGCUCGGCAAGGGAAAGAAACAACCUACCAAUGCUACAGACACUUCAUUUAAAGCGAGAUCUAUCGCACUCCCUGGACAGGCCUCGAUAUCACGUGCGCUCGUCGAUGGAGAUUCUGACGAGCCUCGUACAUCCUUAGGACUAGGGCUCGACGACGUUCUCGCUCGACUGCGACACCCCAAUGCCGGAGUGAGGAAAGAUUCAUUGGCAAGUAUCAAAGAUCUUCUGGUAUCAGAGCCUACGCGGGAAGUUGGAAAAAUCCUAAGAGGUCUUGGAGUGGUGAUCUCGGAUGAGGACACUGCUGUACGAAAAACACUUUUAGGAUUAUUUGCUUGGUAUCUGCCUCUGAUUCCUGAAGAAACUCUCUCUCCUCAUCUUCCCUUGCUUCUUCUUCAGACCUCAUCAGCUCUCUCUCAUAUCUUCCCUGAAAUCCGUAUCACAGGCUGUCAACUCGUUUCACUUCUUCUGGACCACAUCCCAUCACAUGUUAUCGGCUCGUGGCCUUUUUCAAGCUCAGGGACCAAUGUACUCGAAGGUCUUCGACUUGCCGCUGGUCUGGGGGGAGAAACGGGAUCUAACAGUUCCAUCCGAUUAACCCCUGGUGCCAAAUUGGUCACCCUUAGAACUCUUUUGUCUUUCGUUCAGAAAGCUCUCACACCUCAUGACUCGAAUGAGAUAGGGAAUAUAUCUUCUGCGUGGCUUGAUGAGCCAUUGCGAAGCCGGAAAGGCAAGGAAAAGGCCAUAGGGGAUUUCCCCUUGUUCCAUCUGGGCGAGGUGGGACAUAUCGCUGGGACAUGUGUUUGGUGUUUGGACGUCGUACCAGCGUCAGAGUGGGAGCUCGGUCGUAUGGCAAUGGACGUUCCUUCUGAUGACGUUGCCGUGGUAUCGUCACUUUCUGCUUUAUACAUCCAAGUUCAACCUCUGUUACAAACCACUUUUCUCGAAGCUGCCCCUCAAGCAUUCUCACCUUCCACCACCUCCCUUACGCCUGUGGGAAGUCUCGAACAAUCUCUUGACCUAUGUCUCGUAUCCGCCUCAAUGACCCACGUACUCGCUCGAGCUAUCUUCUCACACAACUCCCCUGCUCCGUUAAAAGUCACAGAGGGCGUGAUAGACUUCAUCAAACGAAUGACUCCUUAUUUCCCUUUCAAACCUUUUCAUUCCGGCACGACUAAAGACAAUGACGCGCAUUUCCAAUUAUCUCUAACAUACGCGUCGUUGGUGAUGUUAUUAGCACCCAAACCUCCUCUUCUACGUCUGAAAGGAAGACGUGAAGGUGAAGGACGGAAAGAAGCCGUGGAAGAGGCUUGGAAUACAAUGACAAAACAAAUACGAAAAGGGAGAUCUGAAGCGCUGGACGAAGUCGCCGAAUGGGUGAUUGAUUGUCUUGCACCUCGACAAGACCUCCUUCAACCCCUUCUCACACCUUCAUCAUAUUCUUCCUUACUUCCUAUAAUCUGGUCCCUUCUCAUCCUUCCUCCCACUUCUUCCGAUAUCCCCAAUCUUGUCGGUACAGCCCUUCUAAAACAUUUACAAAGGGUAUCAUCAUCCAGUCCUAUUCGGACUAAAGGUGAUAACUUCUUAUUCCAUCUUACGAAAGUACACGAACCACCUUAUCCCAUACUUCCAUUUUACUUCCCACUGGACUCCCCUCUCAGGCCAUUGAUGAGAACGUGGGUAGAAAGUCUUCCCAAGGUUUUAUGGGAACUGGGGACGAAGGAUGAUAUUGCCACAAGGGGAAUAGUGACGUUUCUGCUUGAGAUGGGCUUGAAGGGUCAAGGGAAAUCUUUUAAUACCAUCUCUUCCAAACUCGGCCCAUUCUUCCACUUGCAACAUCCAACUAAAGGUUCCAUCCCCGGUCCAUGGUCAAAGUUGCCAAACACUACGGCAAAACUCGCUUGGGACAUGGCGACCACGUGGAUUGAAUGGGAUACUUCUAGGACACUUCAAAGUGCCAUGAACCGAGCUGUGGAAGAGAAGAAGCAUGUAGCAUAA